UGAGAAUCUUGGGAGUAAAGGCACAGACAGAAGAAGCAAAAACUCAGUUGCUUGCGCACCUUCUUUACAACGGGACCAGCUUACAAACACUCAGAAUGAACAUCUCGCAUCUUUUUGCUUGUGGACUAUUGAUGACUCUGCUUUCAAUCAGCACAGAGGCCAAACCUUUAACGCCGGCACAACAGAAGUCUCUCCGUUCUUUGCUGGGAGAAGAGCUGUCAGAGUUCCUUGCGUCUGGCGAGAAGGAGCGCAGAUUGGAGAACAUACGCGCCAGAAUCCGGCUACUGCGAGACCUCCGUCUGGACACCCGCGCCAAAAACAUGCGCAUCAUGAAUGACCAGCCCAGCGUACGAAAGCACAAACCAGGAACCAAGAAAGGAGGAUCCACAUCAAAAAGCGGUUGCUUUGGACACAAGAUGGACAGAAUAGGAACCAUGAGUGGCAUGGGCUGUUAGAAGAAUCAUAAUGGGAAUAUAUUGAAUCCUCAGAAGACGAUAGGUCUGGACAACUUUGUGACGGUGGGACCUCACCUGAGGCAGAACCUUAAAAGAAGCAUUUUUUUGGUACGAAAGACACCCUGACCAGCACAAAUGAGGACUAUGACCAACAUGAUAAAAACAACCAACCUAUGUAUAACAUAAAAGACAUCAAACACUACAAAACGGCGGAGAUUGGUGUAAAAACUAAGACCCGCAAAGCUGUAUAUUGUCGCUGCUGCUGUAAAUUCAUGUACUUUAUUCCUGCAUAAAUGUAUUUAUGUUUUAAAAACUAUUUAUAUGUUUAUAAAAAAGAGAAUAUUUAUAAAUAUGAGUUUUAUUUAUGUAACAUUUUGGAAAUGCAACUGCAGGUCAAUUCUGUUUGUAACUUUUGUUUUAAAUAGUUGUAAAUGUUUUAAAAAUGAUUAAAAAAACAUUCCACAUGCAGUACUUUGUGAAACUUGGUUUGGACCCAUUUUAUCUAACAGGAUGUAUGACGUGUGUAACACUAAUCAUGAUAGAGCUCUUGUAGUUUAAUAUGAU